AAAACGUAGUCAGCGCGUCCACCUGUAGUCCUCGCCUCUUCCACAAGUAUUCCUUCUUAACGGACUGAAACGUAUAGGCCUCCUAAAUUAAAUAAUCGCGAGUGAAUUUUUCGACAUACUCGAGAGUGCAGUUUACAAAGUCGCUUAUCAAGGAUACCACAAAGAGAGAGCUACUCAAGCUAAAAAACUAAACAAAUUCAAAAUGUUCAGAUUUCUUGCAUUGACCACACUGGUGGCCUUAGCUGCCGGCCAGAACUAUCAUCAGGACCCCAAGACGGCGGCCAUUAUCAGUGAGCAACGCUAUUUGUCGGGCGAUGGUAAAUUUGGCGCCGCUUACACACAAGAGGAUGGCAUUAACUUCAAAGAGGAGACCGAUGCCGAUGGCACGCGUCACGGCAGCUACAGUUAUGUUGAUCCCACGGGUCAGCGACGCACCAUUUCCUAUACGGCGGGCAAGAAUGGCUUCCAGGCCUCAGGAGAACAUUUGCCAGUAGCACCACCCGCACCACCACAGCCUGUGCCGACGGCCGCGGUGCCGCAGUCGCAGCCUGCCUAUCGUAGCAAUGACUAUGACGAUGGUUCCUAUGACCCACGCUAUAACGAUCCCUCGUUCAAUCAGCAGCAAUCAUAUCAGCAGCCCGCACCUCAGCCUCAAUACCGCCCCGCUCCAGUGCCCGUUCAGCCUAACUAUAAUCCCGCGCCCGCCUAUCAGCCUGCCCCACAGCCCGCUUACAAUCCGGCACCACAGCCACAAUAUCAGCCACAACAACAACCCUAUUAUCAGCCCCAACCUCAGCAACAGCCCUAUUAUCAGACCACCACGCCCAACCCGCACCGCUUCUCCCCACCUGGCAAGCUCUCGCUGAACCGCACGCCCGAUGGCUUCACUUACUCCUUCAACAAGGUUUAAGCGGCGGAGAGAGAAUCAUAUAGAUUGAGCUUGUUUCUAAUUUAAAGUUAUUUUCAUUUACUCGAAACCACCACCAAUCUUUAUCUUUCUUUCUUUCUCUCUUUAUUUCUUGCAACUAUAUUUCUCUGUUCUGUU